AUGGCUCACAGAUUAUUGGUUAACGUUGUCAUCACAGGUGCUGCGGUUUUCGGCCGUGCAUUCACCGAAGCAUACAAGCAAGCUGCCAAGACAAGCGCUGCAGCGGCAGCCACGGGUGCUUCUAAGGCCAAGUCUGUUGGAGGUAUUCCAGUGGAUGAGGCAUUGAAGAUAUUGGACAUUGACAGAAAGGAUUUGACCAUGGCAGAAAUCGACAAAAAGUAUGAGUACUUAUUCGAUGUCAACUCGAAGGAGAAGGGUAAUUCGUUCUACUUGCAAUCGAAAGUGUUUUAUGCGAUGGAUUCAUUGAAGAAAGAGCUAGAGUAUUUACAGAACGUGAAGGAGAGCAAGAGCGACGGCGAUGCGGCGUAG